AUGAUUGCCCAUAGACUCUCAUUUUCCAAGCAUUCACUGCCCAAACAUUUGGAAAAGCACAGUAAUCUUUCUCAGUGUAUAGCGAAAGAGAGGUCUAAUGUGGACCGGACCCAGAAAAAUGUGCAUAGCGAGCAUAAUGCUAGCAGUUCGUACGAUGCUCAUGAUGAUCACGAUACUCAAGACUACAGCGGACACCAGCCUCAACGGCCACAACUUACUGUGGAUACCGAGAACGCUACUACGACUCCCUAUAAUCCGGAAGACGUCAUUUCUUCAGACUCCGAUGAAGAUGAUGAAAACCUCCGUCGCGAAGAAGAUCCAAAAGACUACUGCCCCGGUGGAUACCAUCCAACUUUUGUGGGGGAACACUACGGAAGAUCCAAGGAGUACCUGAUUGUGCGCAAGUUGGGUUGGGGCCAUUUCUCUACCGUCUGGUUGGCUUGGGACAUUCUUCAUAAUCGUCACGUGGCUAUCAAGAUUGUACGCUCUUCGAAAAACUACCGUGAGGCUGCCCAAGACGAGAUUCGCAUAUUGGAAAAAAUAAACUCCGGCCCGGCGGACCAUCCAGGCAAGCACCAUAUCGUGCAGCUGUUGGACCACUUUAUCCACGAGGGACCCAACGGAGAGCAUGUUUGCAUGGUGUUCGAGGUACUAGGUGAGAAUAUGUUGUCAUUACUGUUGAGAUACAAGCAAUUUCAGAAGGAGAAAACCCAGGAGAUUCGCCAGAGGAGCAGCUGUGUUUCAGAUUCUGCCGCGCGCACUACGAGUCCCACGGGUCUCACAGAUUCCACGAGUCCCACGGGUCUCAGAGAUUCCACGAGUCCUACGGGUCCCACGAGUCCCACGGAGUUCGUGGGGGCCGUUUCUGCCACGCCCACGCCGCCGUCCCCUGCAUCUGCCGCUCCUGGACCCGGUGUCGCCCCUGUGACGACCCCCACACCUGACUCGCCACCGGGGGAUGCGUUCCCCGAUAGCCUCGAAUUCCACAUCUCUCAACUCAACGACCUCACUAUUCUUAGAGAAAGCUACGGUGGAUUACCAAUCACCCUCGUCAAGCAAAUUUCCAAACAAAUCCUUUUGGCUUUAGACUACCUGCACAAGGAAUGCGGAAUCAUUCAUACGGAUUUGAAACCGGAGAAUGUUCUCGUAGAAAUCCACGAUGUCGAAAGACUAGUCAAAAUGCUCGAAUUGGAAAGACUGCAGAAGUGCAAGUCACGUGAUCACAUUAUUACUAAACAUACACGAGAUAGAGAGCACGCGGUUGAUACGACAACCGUAAGGAUAACUCCUCGUAGACACCACAUGCAGUCGGAGGUGCGGCGUGUUUCAAAUUCAAAGCAUCAUAACACACCAAUUCGAUCAUCUAAGCCGCUUACUACGCCUGUGGAGAUGUCCACUUCUGUGGAAAACUUCUUUAGAUCGUUUUCUGUAGGACGACCACGGUCGAGUACCACACCAUCGCAAUCGUUAGAUAGAGGACAGCAAUCGCGUAACAAUUCAAUGAUUGCAAUGUCUCCACAGUUGCGACCUUCGUCGCUGAGUAAUAUUGCUUUUACUGGUCCUUCUUUCCAACCUGAUAAGACAUCAACUAUAGAAGAGGACGAAGAAGAACGAUUUCGCGAUCAUAUUGAUGAUAUCAUUGAAGAAGAGGAAUAUGUAGAUGCCAAAGAGGUUCCUAAUUCUUCUGUGCCGGUUACAGGUGCCAAGAGUUACGACGAAGCGGUCCCUUUGAAUUUGCCGACUGAAACCUUCAAAAAGAUCAAGUCACCAUAUCUUCGGUAUCAGGUAAUGAGCAAUUACAGUCCAAAUGGCCAUUCACUGCUUCCUAAUAUGACUCUAAAUCGCUUUGGAAGCCUAUCUGGUGAGGGAGGAGGAAGCCAUUCACGAGGUCAUCAGAUGAAUCAACCAUAUAUUGCCUUGCCGCAUGCUGCAUCUCCUCAUAUAUCACAAUCACUUCCUCCUGAACCGUCGCCGACGAUUCGCCGUGGAUCGACUUUUUCGUCGACAUCUUCCAGCUCAAUACUCAAUGAUUUGGGGUCAAUUAUCUCCGUGAAAAUUGCGGAUCUCGGAAAUGCUUGCUGGUACGAUAUGCACUAUACAAACGAUAUCGAAACUAGGCAAUACCGGGGCCCGGAGAUAAUCUUGGGUGGAAAAUGGGGAUGUUCAACGGAUCUGUGGUCGUGUGCAUGUCUGAUUUUUGAACUCAUCACAGGAGAUUAUUUAUUCGACCCGAAAAGUGGCAGCACCUACGAUAAGAACGACGACCAUUUAGCACAGAUGAUCGAACUGUUACAAACGUGGCCUCCUAAAGAUUACCUCAAAAAGUGCAAAUACUCGAGGGAGUUUUUUGACAAGUCGUUACAAACUUUAAAGCAUAUAAGCAAGUUGAAGAUCUGGACGAUGGUAGAGGUUCUUGUGGAGGAAUACCACAUAGAGGAGCCUUUAGCUAAGGAUAUUUCCAGCUUUUUGCUCGCUAUGUUGGAAUUUGAACCUAGGAAAAGAGUCGAUGCUGGGUCCAUGACUAAUAAUACGUGGCUACAAGAGACUUUAGUCAAUGAGCAUAUUGACCGGCCAUUCGGAUUACAUGGACAGGAUAUCAAGGGCUAUGUUAAUGAGUAUAAAGGUAAUUAG